AUGUCUACAUCGAAGCGAAUUCGUCAAUUGGCACUAACGAGUGACGAUGAUUUAGCUGAAGCUACAAGUGCUUUCAUUGAAUCUUUACUAAUACCAACGAGUAGUAUUUCUCAAACAAGAGAAAAACAAGUCAAUUCCUUACAUUCUAAACAAAAAUCACCCGAAAAUCAGUUACAAACUGAACGAGAAAUCAUAUCAACUUUGAGUGAGUCUGUAGAUGCAAAUCGAAUUCAAAUCGGCAACGAUAGAACGCCAAAGAAUGAUGUCGACGACUGGGUUUGUCCUGUAGCUGUAGCAUUAAGACGAGCUGGAUAUGACGUGCCACUUAGACCUUCAAAAUCUUGGCUCAAACGAGAUCGAAGAAAACAAGCUUUACUACGUCAACAACGGAUGUCACACGAAGACACGUAG